AUGCUGGCGGUCGUACACGGAACACCACUGAUACCACCAUAUUCCUGGAAGACCGGUGAGAUCUCGAUGGUUAAACUGAAAGCCUUCCUAGGGCCGUUCAAGUCCCUCUUCGGUGCGACCUGCAUUGGACUCAUGGAUGUUACCGCCGUCCUCCUGUAUCUUCGGGGGACGAUGCCUCAUCCAGAGCAUCCUCCCAGCACGACGCAUUUCCAGGUCUUGAUGUACACGAUCGUGUACGACUUCCUCUGGGAAUCAAUUGCCGACGUUCGAGACCUGAACGAAGACCUGCAAGAAGGUGUGACGACACUGGCCACGGCAUUUGGUGUUCGACGCACGCUGAUGUUCGUGGCCGGCAGCACGAUCAUUGGAGACCUGUCCGUGACAAUGAUUGGCGGCGGGAACGCUGUGCUUGCGGCUUCUCGAGCUGUCUUCUUCUGGGGAGCUUUUAGUGCUCUCGCGACGUACAAGCCACGGCGAGCUACUUCUGCAUGGGGUGUAGGAUCCCUCGUAGGAUUGCUGCCGGUGUGGUUGGCAGCUCCUUAG